GAAACUGGAUCUCUACUCCAUGGUCUGGGAUGUGAGAGAGGAAAGCCUGCGGGAGUGUUUGGUAGCCGCUGCACCUUACGGGGGACCCAUUGCCCUGCUGAAACCCAAGAAAGACAAAUCGCCCGGUGCCCGGCCGGAGCUGCACAUCUAUUCUGCUUCGGGGGUCCGCUUGGCCAGCACUCUGUGGAAGAACUGUCCGGCGGUGCAUCUGGGUUGGACGGCCAGUGAAGAUCUCCUCUGUAUUCAGGAAGAUGGCUCGGUUCUCGUCUACAGUAUCUUCUGCGAGUUCAAGCGCUGCUUCCGAAUGGGCAAUGAGGUGCUGCAGAACCACGUGGUGGAGGCCAAAGUCUUCCACACAGAGUACGGGACCGGGGUGGCCAUCCUCACGGGGGCAAACAGGUUCAUCCUGGCCACCAACGUUGACGAUUUGAAGCUCCGGAGGAUGCCUGAAGUGCCCGGCCUCCAGAAGCCCCCCUCCUGCUGGGCCGUCCUGUGCCAAGACAGAGUGACUAUCCUCCUCCUGGCGAUUGGCCAAGACCUGCUCCUGCUGGACAAUACGACCUGCUCCACGGUGACCCUCCCGGGGAUGAACCCCCUUGCGGGCUCCUACCUGCGCAUGGCAGUCUCUUUCAACUACCGCUACCUGGCCCUCUUCACCGACACCGGCUACGUCUGGAUGGGAAUGUCCCACUUAAAGGAAAAGCUGUACGACUUCACCUGCAAUCUGCGAACUCCGCCAAAGCAGAUGUUUUGGUGCACCCGGCCUCGAAGCAGGCAGCGGGCGGUGGCCUUGGCCUGGGAUCGGCUUCUCCUGGUGGCCGGGAAUGCCCCGAAGGGGAUCGAAUACCACCUAGACGAGGAUUCGUACCUGGUGCCGGAGCUCGACGGCGUUCGGAUUUUCUCCUCUUCCACCCACGAAUUCCUCCACGAGAUUCCAGAAUCCACCCAGGAGAUCUUCAAAAUCGCAUCUAUGGCCCCAGGAGCUUUGCUACUGGAAGCCCAAAAGGCAUAUGAGAAAGAGAGCCAGAAGGCCGACGAGUACCUGCGGGAGAUCAGGGAGCAGGAUCUGUUGCCGGAGGCCGUCAGGAAAUGCAUCGAAGCUGCCAGCUAUGAACACGACCCGGAGACCCAAAAAGCUCUCCUUCGGGCAGCCUCCUUUGGGAAAUGCUUCGUCGACAAGUUCCCGCCCGAGAGCUUUGUGGAGUCGUGUCGGGACCUGCGGGUGCUCAGCGCCAUCCGGGAUUACCAGAUCGGGAUCCCCCUCAGUUACGCUCAGUACAAACAGCUCACCAUUGAAGUUUUACUGGACAGGUUGGUUCUGCGGAGACUUUACCCCAUCGCGAUCAAGAUCUGCGAGUACCUGCGCCUCUCGGAGUUCCAGGGCAUCAGCCGGAUCCUGGCUCACUGGGCCUGUUACAAGCUGCUGGAGUACGAGCCGCGGUCCGGGAAGCAGGUCCCGCUGCUGCUGAAGAUGACGCGGAGCACCCUGGCGCUGAGCAAAGCCAUCGAGAGCGGAGACACCGACUUGGUUUACACCGUUGUGUUGCAUCUGAAGAACGUACUGAACCGCGGCUCUUUCUUCAUGACCCUGCAAAACCAGCCUGUGGCGCUGAGCCUCUAUCGCCAGUUCUGCAAACACCAAGAGCUGGAUACACUCAAAGACCUCUACAACCAAGACGACGAUCAUCAGGAACUCGGGAACUUCUUUGUCCGCUCCAGCUACACCAAUGAGCAGCGGAUCGAGGGGCGUGUGGCGAGCCUGAUGAAUGCCGUGGACGAAUAUUACAAAGCCAAGAAUGAGUUUGCUGCCAAGGCCACCGAAGACCAGGUCAAGCUGCUGCGGUUCCAGCACCGCAUGCAGAAGGAGGAGGACCGGCCGUACCUGGACUACUCCCUCCACGACACCGUCUACAAGCUCAUCCUGGACAAGAACCACAAGAAGGCCGAGCAGCUCUACCGCGACUUCAAGAUCCCCGACAAACGGUUCUGGUGGCUGAAGGUCAGCGCCUUGGCUGAGCGGGAAGACUGGGACGAACUGGAAAAGUUCUCCAAGUGUAAGAAGUCGCCCAUCGGAUAUAUGCCCUUCGUUGAGAUCUGCAUGAAGCACCACAACCGCCACGAGGCCAAGAAGUACACCCUCCGCGUCGCCCCAGAGCAGAGGGUGAAAGCCUUGAUCUUGGUGGGGGAUCUGGGCCAGGCGGCCGACGCAGCCAUCGAACACAAGAACGAGAACGAGAUGAACCUCGUCCUGUCCAAGUGCACGGCGAUCACCGACUCCUCCGUCGCCAACAAGAUCAACUGCGCCAAGGCUCAGAUUCUGAAGAAGUAGCACGCGACCUUCCCGUCCGUGUUUCCCGGCCCCACCGGCCCCCUCCCGGCUCUUGUUAGAUUGGGGGGUGGGACUCCCCCGGGGGUGGGAUUUUUGCAUGUGGGAUGGAAGCCAACAGGUGGCCCGUUCUGAGCACAGCCUUUACUCUGGCGUAGAUCCUGGCCUCGCUUUUUUGUUCCUGCCGGGGGUUGCAGGGGUGCCGGGAAAGGGGAGGCGCCCUUGGCUGCGCUUGGAACCCGCCAGGCCCCCCCUCCCAUAAUCCCUAUCAAUUUGGUAUUGUGCAUUUGUGUUGCUAAAGGAGGACAGCUCUCUCUCUCUCUCUCUCUCUCUCUGUGUAAAUGAUGCUCCACACUCUUCUCCCAGCAUUUCCCCGCACAUUGUUCGUGUGUCCCCCACUUGCAGGACCCCCAGAAGGCAGCCUCCAGCUCAUCCUACUGCCCUUCGGCCUCUCCCUUCCAUCCCAGACAGGGCGCAGCUAUCCAGGUCUCCCCCCGCCCCUUUUCCUGGAGAGCACGGCCCAUCCCCCCCCCCUUGCUGGUUGCUUCCUCUUCAGCCUGGUCUCACCCCCCCCCACUCCCCAAACCAAAAGGCUUUAAUUGCCCCGAGCCAUUGCCGAAACCCAGGCUGGUGAAAUAACCGCCCUGCCAAGGCGGUAGAGGCGCAUCAUGGCAAGGUGAGGGACGAGGGGCCCACAGGCAGGCAGGGACCACGCUUGGCGAAUUGGGGAGGCCCUGGAUCCAAACCGGGGUGGAGCUUCGUGGUUCCGGGCUGUCCCCGGUGAUUUUGGUUGUGUCUCUUUUUUAUUUUUGUUUCGACUGGUGCGCUCGGCAGUUGCACCGGGAAAUAAAGAGAGCUUCUUGGAAGCCUUGCCGGCUAAUGUACAAGCCUUCCUCGCGACUGCUUUCUCUACCUCGCCACCCCC